CAUCUUGUCUCUGCUUGGUUCCAGGCUGGGGCGGCGUAUGUUGGGUUAAAUGUCGAGUGCGUAUCGCCAAAUCCCAUCGCUCACCUAUCAGAGGGAUGUCUCCCCGCAGCCCAUCACCGCGCUCUCGUUCGACCCGGUCUCGGACAUAUUGUGGUCAGGCACAAACUCGGGACAUGUCUGCGCAUACUACACUCCUCAAGGACUACGGGGCGUUCACUAUCCAGUAGGGGGUCACUAUGCCGUGAAGAAGAUUCUCGCGACGGACACCAGCGUGGUGGCGUGCGGCGUCACGAGCGAGGGAAUCGGUUCUUGGAGCAAGGGCGGCGUGAACAACUGGUAUUCCAAACCGGGAGAUCAAAUCGCAACGUUCUCCAAUAAGCCCGCAAACUCGUCCGCUAUCGCAGUCUCGACCGUUACGCCGGAAUUGCUCCUGUUGAACACGCAAACCGGCACUGUGAUGAGGCGAACGCCGGCACCAUCAAUACUGACGCAUUUGCAUUACACCGCGUCGCAGUCGUACUUUGUGUCAGGCGAUGCAGACGGCUGGAUUCGACUACACGACCCGCGCGAUCUCACCAGUCGAUCAGUCGCCUCUAGCUCUGUCAAGGCUCAUAUUAGCGGCAUUCAGGGGAUCGAGACGUCUUCGACGCUUUUGUAUACCAUAGGGCUAGGCGUACGACAAGGACGUCCCAUCCAAGAUCCUCUCGUGAAGAUUUACGACCUGCGGACACUCAAACCCCUCCCGCCCAUACCCUUCUCAGCAGGCCCUGCGUUUAUUACGCGAUUUCCGAAUCGUGCCACUACCCUUGCCAUCACAUCGAGUCAAGGGCUUGUCCAGAUUGUGGAUACGACCAACCCUUCCACGAACGAGUUCUGUCAGCUGGACAUGGCAUCUUAUAUAAACUCAGUGGCGAUAUCUCCCAGCGAAGCAUAUAUGGCGUUCGGGGACUCCGACGGUGCAGUACAUUUGUUGUCUGCAGCGGAAGAGGAUGCAAUGCUGCCCUUCAACGGAUUUGACGGGAAACCCAUCGACUGGCCUGACACUGCUGAAUCGCUUCCCGAUAUCGAAUGGACAGACUCGACUCCGCUAAGCUCUGUCGGAGUUCCCUUCUAUAACACCGAUCUCCUCUCGUCGUGGACGAAGGACCUCAUACCCAGGACGCUGUACUUCCCGCCCCCUGCCAAGAUUCCUCAGCAGGUCUUGAAUUCCAUCAAGGUCAAUGACUCGAUAGCGUAUGCGACGCUCCCGAAGGAACUUCGGGGCAGACGCAACGUUGUCUCGAGUGCGCCUAAGAAGGCGGGCGGGCGGUUCAGGAGUGGCAAGACUCGGCAUACCGAUUCCGAACCGGUCACGCCGACGUACGAGUACGCUCCGGACACGAUCCCAAGGUGUUACCGCAAAGUGGAGAUCGAGUACUCCAAGUUCGGCGUUGAAGACUUCGACUUUGGGUUUUACAACAGAACAACCUUCAGCGGACUUGAGACGCACAUUCUCAACUCCUACACAAAUCCCAUCGUGCAGGUUAUGCAUUACACGAUGCCGAUACGACGGUUGGCGAAGUCACACAUCACAACGGACUGUCCGCACGAACACUGUCUGCUAUGUGAGAUCGGCUUCGUCGCGCGCAUGCUCGAAGACGCACACGGGACCAACUGCCAGGCGAGCAACUUCUGCAAGACUGUCGGGGUCCUAGCGCAGAUGCACAACGCAAUCGAGCUCAUCGACUAUGGGCGGGAGAGCGCGGACCUCACGUAUGCGCACAUGAUCCAGAUGUUCCACCGCUUCCUCGUGGACCGCUUGAGCACGGAGGGCAACUCGUUCCCGCAUAACCCUGCCGUACUUCCAGAUGCCGGCCCAGCGGACCCGCAUUCGCCUGCGCCCGCGCCGAUCACGCAGCUGCUAGGAAUCGACGCGAAGAACGUCAUCGUGUGCGCGAGCUGUAACGCAAUCCGCGAGAAGGAGAACAUGACGCACCUCAUUGACCUCAUCUACCCCGUCCGCAAGCAACCAACCAACGACCCAAUACACGAGACAGACUUUGCGUCCAUCCUGCGCAACUCGCUCCUUCGCAGGACGACACACAAAGCGACAUGCCAGACGUGCAAGCAGUUCGCAACGUUCGAGUCACGGCGUGCGAUCCGUUCGCGCGACCUCCCUCCGGUGCUAGCGGUGAACGCAGCUGUGCAUAACGAGGACACGCACAAAUUCUGGCGCGACCAGCGCCGCCAGACGUUCCUGAAGCCUCGAGUUGAGCUGCGCGGGCAGCUGGAGAACAUGGACGACCCGGAAUCCGUCGUUUACGAGCUUAGGGCGAUGGUCGUGCAGGUCGUGGCGAAGGACGCGAACUCGCAUCUUGUCGCCCUCGUCAAAGUACCCGAAGCGGAGGCAUCGCAAGAUCCCGAACCGUGGUUCAUAUUCAACGACUUCCUUGUUCAGAAUAUGACUGAGGAAGAAGUAUUGAGUGUACCGUCCAACUGGAAGGUCCCGGCAGUUCUGUACUUCGAACGCGUCGACAUCCGACAGCGGCUAAACUUCAAUAGUUUGCCGGACAAGAUGGACCCCACGAUUCUAUGCCGAGACACGAACAUCGCAGUUAACCGGGACCCUCGUAUCAUCAAGCACGAUAACCUACGUUACGAGGAGCUUCCUCGACCCGGGACGCUCAUCGCCAUCGAUGCGGAGUUCGUCUCGAUGCAGCAGGAAGAGACGGAGUACCGCUCGGACGGCACGAAGAAGGUCAUCCGACCCGCGCGACUUUCCCUGGCUCGCGUCUCUGUCCUUCGUGGCGACGGUCCCAAGGAGGGCGUGCCGUUCAUCGACGACCAUAUCCACACCAGCGAGAUCAUCGUGGACUACCUGACCGAGUUUUCUGGUAUCAAGUUCGGGGACCUGGACCCGAACCUAUCGCGGUAUACACUUACUCCGCUCAAAGUGGUGUACAAGAAGCUGCGUCUGCUGGUGGAUAGCGGCUGUAUCUUCAUAGGGCACGGCCUGUCGAAGGAUUUCCGCAUCAUCAACAUCUUCGUACCGCCUGAACAAGUCAUCGAUACCGUUGACCUGUUCUACCUCGAGCACCGUCAUCGUCGGCUCUCGCUGCGAUUCCUCACCUGGUUCGUGCUGAAGGAGAACAUCCAGACGGACACGCACGACUCGAUCGAGGACGCGCUCUCCGCGCUAAAGCUGUACAAGGUGCACCUGCAGUUCGAGGCGGAAGGCACAUUCGACAAGAAGCUCGAGGAGCUCUAUCGCGAGGGGCGGCAAUACAACUUCAAACCACCCGCUCCUGCGGGCGCGCCAGCGAACUCUCCUGCGCCGCCAUCGGGGGCCGCGAGUCCUAUGCCCGGGCAAAUUGCCAUGGGACGGGGUGCGUUCUUGCAGCAGCCGUUCGGGCAUGGACCGGGACCGGGACAGUAUCCGCUCAACGCUAUCGCGACCCCACCCUUCUUCCCCGUUCAAGGGCAAAACCGCCAUGGCUUCAUGCACCAGAACUGGCGAAACCGAUAGGGAUGCAUCACGGACGGCGAAGCAGAAGGCGUAACGAAUGUUGUAUAAGAGUGCCUUGUAUCGACUAGAGCCAUUGUAGAUCAUACGUCGUAUUGUUGUCGCGCAGUGUAGUUGCAAUGCAAAAGUAUGUGUAAACGCAGUACACGAUGCAGACAGACAGUACAAUACACGAUGGUAAGUAUUAUCUUCUGCUUUUCGUUGAAGUCCUCUUCUUCACCGCCUUGACCUCCUUCUCGAACCGGCUGCGCUUCCGCUGCCGCGGUCCAUCCUCGCCCAUAUCCUCGAACGCGUCGUCCCCCGAGCGUGCUCUUGACCUGGCGAGCACGCCCUCCUUCUUGCCCCUCUGCCGCAGCUCUUCAUACCCAUCCCCAAGAGCCCCGCUCCGCGUCCUGCCGACCGACUUGAGGAUGUCGCCAAACUCGUCCUCCAGCCCGACCCCAGGGACGCGCCCACGACGACCAGACGCCAUGCCAGACCCGCCAAGCGCGAGGUCCGCCUCGUCGAGCGCGCGGCGACGCGACUCUUUCUUCUUCAUGACCAGGCGCGUGAAGUUCUCCUCCUCGAACUCGUUCAUACGCUGCAGCUCGCGCGCGCGGCCAGACGCCAGCGCGGGGACACUACCGAGGCCAGACGUUGACUCCGCGUGCGGGGCAGACGGGUCGAGGUGCGCCAGGUUGGCGAGGGCGGAGGGCACCGGCGCACGGCGCGAGCGGUCCUUCUCCUUGUUCUUGCGCGACUCGAUGUAGGGCAUCGGCGCGAGCUUGGGCGGGCGGUAGACGCCGUCGCGCUGCCCACCGCGCGUGUCUGCGCCAUCUUCGUCCUCGUCCUCGGAGCCUUGGUCCAUGAGGGCCUGCGGGUUGGGGCGGAACGCGAGUGGGUCGUUGAUGAUGUUUUUGUCCGCCGAGUCGCCCUCCUCCGCGAUGCGCACGAGCUUGUCGAUCUGGUACUUCAUACGCCCCUCCAGUACCUUCACUUUCUCGAGGACUAUGCGCGCUUCAAUCGUGGCGUCGACGCGGUCGCCCGCGCCGGCACCGCGAGCAGGACGGUCCUUCGCGCUGAAUGGGGCGUCGGGAGGGGAGCGGUCUGCGAGCGAAUGUCCGAUGGCGCGGCGAGCGGUGAUGAGGCUGAGGGACUGGAGGUAAGAGAGCAUCAUGUGGUGUUUGAGCGAGAGCAGAGAGAUCCCGUUGCGCGUGUCGAGCUCCGAUGUUUUGCUCUGUUUUUCUCGCAGAGACUUGACCGUGUCCUUCGUCGAGGCCAUGCUGACCCGCAUCUGGUCCAGGAGCUCGCAGAACGCCCGAACAUUUUCGUCGCUGAUUCCUCCGUCAUGUUGUGAGAUGCUGGCCAAUGUCGCUGUCACUUCAGCCGACAUAUUGGAGGAGAAAAAGGAUUGCCGGUUCAACGAUCUUGUUUCCCCUAGACAGACGAAGGUAAUCUUGGG